CUGCUGGAGUGCUUAGAAUAAUUUGAAACAACAGGCAAUAUUUAUUUCUAGCUUUGUGUGUCAUGCUUCAGCAGGAGCACUCUUAAUUUGCACGUUAUUACUUACUCGAACUUCUGGGAAGCUUUACUAUGGACCGGACAGCACCAGUUAUGGAAGGGGGGCAGAUUGAAUAUACACUCUUUAUUGGCUGAAACCUAUGAGGAAAGCCGUGUUGUUUGCCUUUGCUGUGAGGCUGAGGAGUAUAUUUAGUAGGUAGCCCACCCCGUCAGCGCGACACGUAACGCAGCGGGGCUGUGCAGCCGGUAGCUGACACGGGAGGGAGGAUGCUGCAGGACCCCAGACCGCCUGCUGAAGGAGAGAGGGAGGCUCUCCUCAUUUCCUGGCAGAUCAUUCCGCUGUGUAUCAGCCUCAGAGGCACCAGCAUAACAUGUUCCCUGUGUCUUUGGGACAAAAGAAGAGUUUUGCUGUAGGAGCCCGGUGGUGAAGUGUCAGUGUAGUGUAACUGCGAGGCGCCGGAACGGACGCUGCCCCGAGAGAGCCUGGCUGAGGAAAAAAAGCCCCGUCUCCCUGCUAGGAAUCAGAUGCUGCUUUUCAAUUAACAGAGAAGAGACUGACACUGAGGAAAUGCAGCCUGAUGACUACGCAGGAGAUUCUUUGAUGGAUUACAAUCUCAGCAAACUCCAACUUGAGAAGAAGAAUGACAGCUAAGAGACUUAAACCAGACUUUUCACCAUCCUGGAAAGGAACUGGCUGCCAGUAUUUGGAGUUCUUUUAAUACUCUACCUCCCUCUGCUGUUAUCAGAGAGAAGUUCCUCGACAAUGGGAAAUCAUGUACUUGCGGCUUCGAUUUCCAUGCUCUCACUCCUGGCCAUGAUGGGAGAUGCGGACAGUAAAACAGACAGUUCCUUCAUGAUCGACUCUGAUCCUAGCCGCUGUAUGAGGCAUCACUAUGUCGACUCCAUCAGCCACCCCCUCUACAAGUGUAGCUCGAAGAUGGUGCUGCUGGCUCGCUGCGAAGGGCGCUGCAGCCAGACGUCCCGCUCGGAGCCCAUGGUUUCUUUCAGCACUGUCCUCAAGCAGCCCUUCCGCUCCACCUGCCACUGCUGCCGGCCCCAGACCUCCAAGCUGAAGGCCAUGCGACUGAGAUGCUCGGGGGGCAUGCGGCUCACGGCCACCUACCGCUACAUCCUCUCCUGCCACUGCGAGGAGUGCAACUCCUAGGGACGUACCCACCACAGCAGUGAGGGGACUGGGGUGCUGCUGGCAGGGAAGGCUCCCAAGAAGUCACCGGAGGUGACACCGAUGCUCCCAGCGUAUGAUUGCAGCAAGGACAGGACUAACCAGGCUGGAUUGGAUCUGAGGGGCUGAAGCACAAAAUAUCCUGGAUGGUGUUGGUACUGAAGUGCGGGCUGUGACAAAGGCAAAAGCACAAGGACUUGUUUUUAAGAAGCCUUUCUUUUUUUCUGAAAGGAUGUUUUUGUGAGUUUCUUCUUUUUCAGGCUGAGCUCUGACUAUAGAGAGGUGCUUUUACUUUAAGCCAAGGGCAGCAGGGGGAAAGAGAGGAAGGUCAGCUGGAUGACAGCACUGCUCUCUGGGAGCUGGCGUUCGGACAGAGGAUGGGCAUCAGUUCCCACAUACGACCUCUUAACCUACCAAUUUAUUCUCAGUCUCCUAGUUAUACUGGCCUUCAAAACAAACUGUGUUGUUGGCAAGGGUUAUCUGUUACUGAUCUAGCAGCCAAGCGCUGGAUAACUUAAACUGUGGUUUAGCAGAAAUUACAAAUAAAUCAUUGAAAAGUGAACUGGAUAUGAAAUGUGGAGCUGGGGUUACCCAGCCCUAGCCAGCUGAAGUGAUUAUUUGCAGCACGCAGCUUCACAGUUCAGUGGCUGAGCAACUCCUGAAAAGUGAAAGGUCAUGAGACAUACUAUUCCCUUCUAAAAGCCUGGAAAUGUGACACAUUACAUCUGUCACAAAAGCCAUUAUUCAAACACUAAAAACUAAUCAAAGAUUAAAAUGACAUGUACUAAAUGGAAUCUUUUCUUAACUCGGGUAGACCUGUUGAUCUACAGAGCCAAAGCCACCAGAAUAAUGAGCAGAACAAGGACUUAUUUAUAUAUAUGGCUCUAAGGCCAUCAAGUGACUACCAUUUUGCCUUUUAAAGACAAGCAAUCCCAGGCACAGGGGAAUAACACUGACCUGUGACUGUCCUGGUUGACUCACCAUCCAGCUUGGCAGCUGCUUGGAGAAUCGUACAGCUCUUGGCUGGGCCAUAUGCCCAUGCGUCCUUUGUGCACACACACAAGGAUGUAGGAGGCUGUGGCAGGGUCAGCACAAGCCCAGACGUCACCCACAGGUGAAGCUGUCCCACAGCCAAGGCAUCAGAGCUGCUGGGUCCAGCAGAACAGGGGCAUCCAGUGCUUCUCUGUAAGAAGCAGGUGAGGCCAUUAUCUGCUUUUCCCUGUAGGACCAUUGCAGAAAGAAAUGCCCUGAGGAGCUGAAUGAUUUUCAGUCAUUUUUAGGGUGAACAGAUCUCAAAAUAACAAAGGUGUCCAGUGUUUGGUCCAUCUAUUCAGCUCCAUCCAGUCUGCAGCAAAUGCCAUAAGCAGCAGCUCUGGGAAGCACACUGAGGUUGCAGGGGGUCUCCAAGGUCUGCCAGGCAGGGAAGUUGUCCCAUGGUCUACACAGGAGUUACUGUGACUGCUUGGGCAAAGCCAGAUUUCUUUUCCACUGCCUCCUCAUCGGGAAUACGUAUGGGAUGUGAAGGCAGGCAAAAGACAUUGGCCUUGUAAGUGAAAUCAUGGAGCUAAAUGGCUGUGCAAAACAACAGGGGACAAGUACACCCACAGAUAUUGGUUGGAGAGGUCUGUGGUACAUGGGAAGGACUGUCUCUGUCUUCCAGAGAAGACUUGGAGAUGGCCAGUUUUGAACAACACAGAGCUGUGGGCAAACAAAAGGGUAAAUCAAAUUGUUAGAAGCUGACGGGCUCAGAUUAAAAUGUCAAAACUAGGAGUGAUGAGCCCCAGUGAGCUCAUUAGACACCACUCGUUGUUUCAGUGCUGUCAGUCAUUCUUCUCACAUCUGAUGCAUGGUCUGAACAUCAAAGGGCGAGCAAUGGGAGCGUGAGCCGGGCAUUAUCACCAGACUACUUUAUAUGAAAGAUUAUAUGUGCGUCUUUCCAAUCUCUUUCAACCUUCAGCAUCUAAAAAUCCCAUUAUCCAAAAAAGCACCACCCCCCACUGUUAAUUAUAUAUAGAAAAUUCCGAUCCUUAUCCGAAACAUCAGCAAUACCUUUGAUAACCAAAUAACUAUACCACAAAAUAUGUGUGACCUCUAAGCGUGGGUAUAGAGACUGCUGCACACGAGCAAUGCUAUGCUGUUAUUUAAGGAAUGGGGAAUGUUUUAAGGGUAACUGCUAUAUCCAGCAUGUCCCGUCACCCCACCCCGGGUUGUGCUACCACUGGCGUUUUCUGCUGGUGCAAAAUGGGGUGCUGGGGGGCUGUGACACGAAAUUUGGGUGACCGUUUGCAGUGCUUCUGCGUGGCUGCGGGAUGUGGCAGAGCACUGUGGACCUGAUCACAGUCCUCUGGUGAGGAGAAAGGAGGGCUCUGAGCAGAGACCAUGCCUGAGCCAAUUUAGAAAAAGAGAGAAUAUUUAUAGUAAGAGAAGAGCUUGGCUGAUAUUUAUUCCCACAUCCCCUCACUAUCAUAGUGCCAGAGUUAUAAUUGCUCAAAUCGGUCUCACAGAAGAUAUUCGUGUUUCAACAAAAGCUUUUUUUUCCCCUCUCACACCCCACAUUCCUUCCACUUUUGCUCCAUUCCUCUAAUGAAAUCAUCGCCUUGUGACCACAAAGGCUGUUGCCAGGCGUAAAUGUUGAGGUGAAUUUAACAUUAUCUAAUUUAACUGUUGAGUCGAAAAAAUGCAUGGAAGGAAUAUAACAGAAAUUAUGACUGACAAGACAAAACGUACUUGUAAAUAGCUAGUACUGGAUAUUAAACAAUGAAUCAAACUUU